UUUCUUUAGACGGAAAACAGAGUAUAAAUAUAGCAAAACGUAUCACACAUUCACACAUCAUCAUAUAUCGUAAACUAAACUAUUUUCCCUUCCUUCCCCUCUUAUUCCCAAGAAUAACCACCAUCGCAAGAUAUACCCUUUUCUCAAUCUUCACUUUCCCCCUUUUCCCAUUUCUCAAAUUUCCUUUUUUUUUUUCUGGGUUCCUUAAAAAAAGGCCUCCCAAAUUCACCCAGAAACUUUUAUGGCGUGGAUUCAAGAGGCCUCCAUUGUUAAGGGCUCCUUUUAUUAAAAUUUAAUUUCCUAAAUUAUUGUAAUUAUUAGGAGAGCUCUUAGAAUAUAUAUCAAUUGUGGAACCUGAAAAAUCCUCUCAAAAUGUCUAUACCAGAAAUUGAGAAUACCCAUCAAAACCCAGAAACAGAAAUAGAAAAUGGAUAUGAAAAAGAAGAAAUUACAACAAGUGAAUCAUCUCCAAGAGCAGUACUUGAAAUCCCAAUAUCAGAAGGUUCCUCUGUUUCGGGUAGCCCAACUAGCAGUUGCAGUUCUGCAUCAAUGGAGAAAUUGUGUUCACCAACAAAAUCAGGAGGAACAGCACCAUUUAAUCCAUUAUAUUAUGGGUAUCAAUUAAAGGGUUUUAUUGAUACAAUGAAGAAGAAAUCUGGGGUUGGAAAAUUUUCAACAAACACCAUUAAUUUGUUAAGUAAUUAUGAUCUUUCUGCUAAAAGUCUUCGUAAGAAACUGGCUAGAAUUCGUAGUGCUGAAGAUAGCUGUCUUCUUUCGCAAACUAAGAAUUCAUGGAGGAAUUUUAAGUAUUCAGAGCUCUCUGCUGCUACAGACCAUUUUAGUCCUGCAACACUGUUAGGGAAAGGGGGACACGCAGAAGUGUACAAAGGGAGUUUACCUGAUGGUACACUCGUAGCCGUAAAGCAGCUAAAGAAGAAGGGUGAAAAGGAAGACGAGGAAAGAACAGCUGAUUUCUUAUCAGAGCUCGGAAUCAUUGCCCAUGUUGAUCAUCCAAAUACUGCUAGGCUUAUUGGAUUCGGUGUUGAAGGCGGUCUUUACUUAGUCCUUCAAUUUGCUCCCAAUGGCAGUGUCGAGUCUUGUCUUCAAGGAUCAGGAGGAUUGGAUUGGAUGACGAGGCUUAACAUAGCGGUAGGAGUAGCCGAAGGAUUGAGUUACCUUCAUCACACCUGUCAAAGACGAAUAAUUCACCGUGACAUCAAAGCUUCAAAUAUACUACUUGGUGAAGAUUAUGAGCCAUUGAUAUCAGAUUUUGGGCUUGCAAAAUGGCUCCCUGAGAAAUGGCUUCAUCACGUCGUGUAUCCUAUCGAAGGCACAUUUGGGUAUCUAGCUCCCGAGUAUUUCAUGCAUGGGAUUGCAGACGAGAAGACAGAUGUGUUUGCCUACGGUGUGUUAUUGCUGGAGAUCAUAACAGGCCGUCAUGCUGUCGCUGUUGACUCCAGUCGACAAAGCCUCGUGAUGUGGGCAAAGCCUUUCCUUGACGCCUGCAACAUGAAGGAAAUAGUAGAUCCAAAAUUGGAGGACAAUUAUGACCCGGAGGAAAUGAAACGCGUAAUGAUAAUAGCAUCCUUGUGCAUUCACCAUACUCCUACAAAACGUCCAUACAUGAACAAGAUUGUGGAGCUACUAAGGGGAGAGCGGGGAAUGGUAGUCGAAGAGAUAAAGCAGAAGUCGGUGGCCCCAAGAUCAAUAAUAUUAGACGCUUGUGAUUUGGAAGAUUACACGAACACAAACUAUCUCCAAGAUCUUGAUCGCCACAAGGAGCUGGUGAUGGAGUGAUAUAUAGUCCCUCUUUAUGUUUAUUCUGCUUCCCUUUAUUCUUUGGGCAUUCCUAACUUUUUGUUAUAUAAGGAAUGGCCAUUGAUGCUGAAAAAACUAAAUUUUGCUUGGCAUCUUAGGCUAAGACUAGGGUGUUGAGUGUAAAGAUUAAGAAAAUCCUACCGCAUUUAUGUGAAGUGUAGAGAUUACGAGUCUAUUUUCUGUCGUCAAGAAGUGAAGUCGGUGGUGUCGUGUCCUCAGGUGAAAGCGAAAAUAAAGAAUAUAAAGAGAUUUGAAGGGUCUUGUAUCCUUACCUAUGAGGUAAGAAUGAAUGUACUUCUAUAUUGAUUAACCUGGAAAUCUAGUGCUCUGUACAGUUUAGAUAGUUUUGGUUGUUGUAGUUACGAGUCUUUAUUAUGAUUUAUGACAAGUUUUGGACAAAAAGGGGGUCAGAUAAUGAACUUAAUACUUAAUCAUGUUACACCUUAAUCAACCACAAAAGAAUACUCCCUUGGUUGGCUUGAAUUUGCAACAUUGACAAAAAUCAUAAUACUACUUUUAGGAUUUUAAUGCUUGACAUUAUAGUUUUCUACUAGGCUUAGUUAAGAAAAUUUUGAUCAAAUUUCAAUCCACAGCCCUUAGCUUUAAUUUGACUGAAAACUAAAACUAACAAACCAAAUUGAAUUAAUUGGUUGUAGAUUUGUUAGUUGUCUUAUUUGAUAAGCCGGAAGGA